AUGCGAUAUUUUCUACGAGGGGCUUUGGCCAAAAAUCAAGAGGGGGGAGCGAGGGCGAGAGGCCCGUUCGUCGGAGGCUACUGUAGAAACAAGAAAAAUAAAGGUGUCGGUGCCAGAAGAGUGCCAAACCUCGCGCACACAAUUUCAGGCUCAGCCAUGUCUCUGUCGCUCUCCCUCGCUACGGUUGGCCUCGUCUCGCCCGUCGUCGUUCCCACCGGACCCGCCCGUGCGCACGUUGUCGCCCAGCAGAAGUCCAGCGCCAUCGUGCUGGCCGACAAGGAGGCCGAGGCCCGCAUAAUGGCAGUCGUCGACUCCGAGCCGGCCAAAACCCGCGGGGCGGCCAUGUGCUCCCAGAUGGCGGCUGCCAACAUGCGCCGCAUUAGGAUGCCGGAGGAGCAGGGCGGCAUGAACCCGUUCGGCCCGCCGGGCACCCAGCCGUCCGGCCUGGGCUGGGACACCUCCACCGGCGCGCUGGCUGCCGCCCCACGCCUUUGCCCUCCCGUCCCAUCCAUGGCGCUCGCCAAGCGGCUCAACCCGACCGUCGGCUUCUGGGACCCGCUCGGUAUCGUGUCGGAGGGCACUGCGCCCGAGACGAUCGGCUGGUUCCGGCACGCGGAGAUCAAGCACGGCCGCGUGGCGAUGGCAGGCUUCGUCGGCUACUGCAUCCACGCGAAUGGCAUCACCUUCCCGUGGAACAUCCAGGCGCCCCCCUCCACGCCCCCUCCUCUCCUCUCCUCCUCUCUCACCACCGCGGCCGCACCUCGUCGCCAGGCGCCCCUCCCGUGGACUCCGAUCACCUCGGACCUGCCGACGAUCGCCUUCUCCGACAUCACCGCGGCCGGCGCGCCGGGCGACAUGUGGGACGCCCUGCCGACGGCCGCCAAGCUGCAGAUCCUCCUCGUGGUUGGCUUCCUCGAGAUGCACGGAGAGAACUCGCUCGCGCUCGAGGCGGACGGCCAGAAGCACUAUGUGCGCGGCGGCAAGCCCGGCUACUACCCCUCGUUCAAGGGCCGCUACCCGCACCCGGCGCUCCUCGCCGAGGUCAACAACGGCCGCCUCGCGAUGAUCGGCCUCUUCGGACUCCUCUCCGCCUCGAAGGGCCUCAUCGUCCCGGGGCUCGACGGCCUCGGCCUCACGCAGUACGGCGGCGAGUACAUGGCCCCCUUCUCCGACUUCGACGCGGCGCUGCCCUACGUCGCGGAGAUGCCAAAGACGCUCGCGGAGCUCCUCAAGUGA